AUGGCGUCUCGGACCAAAAUAAAUAAAAAGAUUAUGAUAACACAAUAUCAGGAUCCGGAUCAAAGUAUUAAAGAGUUAAUAAGACCAGAAAAAAAGUAUGAGAAGAAUCCGAAUCCCAAAAAACCACCUCAACAUACACAACUUCCAUCAUCAUUUAUUCAUCAAAAACGACCCAGAGGUAGCAGUGCUGGACACUCGCCACAGGUUGGUUUUAUCUCUUUUUUUUUGAAAUUUUGUUCCAAAAUGAAUUUUGAACAUAAUUUCAGGGAAGUAUGGAUGAAUUUGCAUCAAGUAGUCGCACAAUACCUAGCCCAGCAUUAGGUAUGAUGCCUCAACAAGUGUUUCAUAAAAGACAAAUCAGUGCUCCUGAAUUACAUCCGGAUUAUACCAUCGAGUAAGUUACAAUUUAUUGUUGUUUUUUUUUAAAUUUCCUUUUUCAAAAUUUUGCAGUCUGAAACUGUUUUCUCCAAAAUUCCGGAAGAUUUUUUGAAAGUUGUAAAAAAACCGGAAAAUCCGGAAUGUUUUCCCACAUUUUUCCAACAAUAGAUUUUUUUCCAGAAAAUAAUUCUUCCUGUGAAAAAUCUGCAUAAGAAUUUCAUUCAUUUCAAAAAAAAAACCUUCUCAUUUUAGACGAACGCCAGCUCCAAUGAACCAUCAACCAUUUGUCAGUAAUCAACAUUCCAAAAGUGUAUCGGCUCUUCCUCCAGUCGAAUACCCGCCUCAACCACAUCACGUCAAAUCAGUUUCACAUGAACCGAAUUACUCCUAUGGAGGAUUUCCAACGUUUGUUUAUUUUUCUUAAAAUUAAUCUUCAAAUUUCAGUUUUUAUUUUUCCAGAACACCUUCUGUUCAGCUAUUUUCUACAAGUCAUAGAGAGAAAAGUCUGUCGCUGGAUCCAAUGAGAAGAACAUUUUUGUCACAAGAAAUCGCACAACCCCAAUUACCGCCAGGUUGGGAGGAAUGUUAUGAUUCAGAGGGUAAUCGAUACUUCAAAGAUCACAAUACAAAAUCGACAACUUGGAGUGAUCCAAGAUCUAUUUGUGAGUAAAACUUUUUCUCAAAUUCCCAGAAAAUCAAUAAGAUUUUUCAGCAAGUGAACACAUUCUUAGCGAUAAUCUCGGACAAAGCUACAGUAAUUAUUAUGAGACUGGGAAUUCGUCCAGAUCAAUGCCAGCCAUUCAUCAACAUCCACAAUUAAUUGGAGCUGAUCCAAGUCAAUAUGGAUCUCAACCUCAAACGGACUAUAUUCAACAAUUGCAAAAUGAACGAAUGAUGAUUCAAGAGAAAAAUAUGCAACUUAUGCAAUCGGUUAGUGAACAUUUUCCGGGGGAUCAGAAACCCAGAUGAUAUCAAACCACAAAAGGAAAUGAAGUUUUGAUCUUCGAAAGAGUAUUGACAUCACACCUGAUAAGAAAGUGUUGAUAAUGUUCACCUGUCAAUGAGUUCGAUGAAACUGAAAUGAUCAGAAUUUAAACUUUUGUGGGGUUAUUAUGGAAAUUUUAGAUGGAUUUUCGAAAUUUCAAGCUUUAAAAAAAGGAAAAAUGCAGUGUUUUACUUCGAAAAAAACAUUUUUUUUAAAUAAAAAUAUGCUAAAUGUUUUUGGAAUUUUUUUCUCCUGAAUGUUCCAUCAAAUUAUUUUUGAAGUGUCUAUCUAAUUUAGACACACACUACAAAUAAGUCUAGCUACAACGAACACACAAAUUUCCAAAGUUUAGAAAAACAUUUCUAAAGGGUUCAUCAACAGUUUCAUCUUCAAAAAUCCAACAGAAAUAAUAAAUUUUUGCAGGGUCUUCUCGAUAGUCCACAACAACAACAAUAUCAAGCUAUUUCACCAAUGAGCAUGGUUAGUAAUUAUAUUAUUUUUUUCUAGAAACUUGAUGUUUGUUUUUUUUUCAGCAUCACUCUCAAAACGAUUCCAAUUAUAUGCUACAACAAGGAUCUCAACAACAACAAUCAACCACUCCACAACCACAGUCACAAAACCCUCAAAAUCAGGCACAAAAUCAGUAUUCUAACGUAGGGUUUUUUUUAAAUGUAUGUUAAUUUUAACAAAAAUAAAAUAGAAAAUUUUCAGCGACUUGUAAGUAAUGAUAUCGCUAUGGAGAUUGAUUAUUCUCACACACCAACACAUCAUCAACGAGCACAUAAUAUGCCAUAUGGAUUAGAUUUCAGUGGGGUAAGACUUAACUUCGAUAACUCAAAAUCCCUUCUGUUAAAUAAAAUUUUUUGCAGGAUUUGAAUCCCCGUGAAUUUGAUCAAUAUUUACAAAUAAGUGAUGGAAACAAUCGCAACGAAUCAAUGGUUCAUUAUCAAUAA